AUGAUGAAAUUUUUAAUUGUUUUAAUUUUAGCAUUAUUCGCUUUAUCAAGUGUUAAUGCAAGCAGCGCUAUUGAAUGCGAACUUUGUGAAUAUGCUGCCAAUUAUGGUGAAUUGCUCAUUCAAUCAAAUGCCACCGAAACUGAAAUUAUCGAUAAAGUUGAAAACUUUUGCAAAGUUAUCCCAUCUAGUUUCCAAGCCACUUGUGAUAGUUUAAUCGCAAACUAUGGUAAACAACUCAUUCAAAUGAUUGUCAACAAAGAAUCACCAAGCACUUUAUGCGCUCAAAUUGAUAUGUGUGCAUCAUCAACUGAAGCCGUCCAAGGUAUUUUAGAAUGUGACAUUUGCCAAUUCAUCGUUAAACAAGUCAACAAAUAUAUUUCAGGUAACGCAACUGAAGCCCAAAUCCUCAAAUUCUUAGAUACUGAUUGUGAAGUCUUUGGUAAAGGUGGUUCAGUAACUUGUCAAAACAUUGUCAACAACUAUGCCCCACAAAUCAUCAAUUUAAUCAUUAACAACGCAUCACCAUCCCAAGUCUGCGGUCUUGUCGGUUUAUGUGGCUCCUCUUUGAAAAUCGAAGAACCAGUCCAAGGUGAAUUAGAAUGUGGUGUUUGUGAAGUCAUUGCUCAACAAUGCUCAAACUACAUCAAAGCCAACAAAACCGAAUCUGAAAUCGUUGGUCUCCUCGAUCAAUUCUGUUCAACUCUUUCAAUCUUUGAAAGUGCUUGUGAUACCAUCGUUGCCAGCUCUGCUCCAAAGAUCAUCAACUUACUCUUACAAAACCAAAGUGCAACUGUAGUUUGUACCGAAAUUGGCUUCUGUGGUAACUCUUCAUCAGGUAAUAACAACCAUUCAUCAUCUGAAGAAUCUUCAUCAUCUUCCCAACCAUCAUCAUCUUCUGAAUCAUCAGAAUCAAGUUACUCUGGUUCAAUGACUGGUGCUUCAUCUGGUUCAGCUUCAGGUUCAGGUUCAGGUACAUCUGGAAACAUGAAAAUUUACAUCAAAUAA